AGGAGUACCCAGAGUAUGUAGCAUACACAACUCCACUUUUUUUCUGCGAUGACUGGCUGAAUCUUUAUCUUGACAAGUACCGUAUGCAUCAGGAUUAUGAUUCUCUUGAAGAUAGAAAUGAAGUAUGUUGCUCCGACUAUCGUUUUGUAUACAUGGGAGCAAAAGGUUUGAGCAUAGAUGCGAUAAGCUCUUUCUUGUACAUGGACUCCUCUUCAUGCUGAUGUUUUCAGGUCUUAUAGUUGGUCAGCAAACGUGUGUGGCAAGAAGCACUGGUAUUUUCUGUCGCCAGAUCAAUAUCACCUCAUGUUUGACAGGAAUAUGAAAAGUUCUGUAUUUAACAUCCUUGAGGAUGUUAGUGAGGCAAAAUUCCCUGGUUUUAAUAAGGCUAUCUGGUGGGAGUGCACUCAAGAACGUGGUGAAAUAAUUUUCGUUCCUAGUGGAUGGUAUCAUCAAGUUCAUAAUCUGGAAGGUACAAUAUCAAUAAAUCACAACUGGUUCAAUGCCUAUAACCUUUCCUGGUUGUGGAAUUUGCUCUUGAGAGACUAUGCCGAGGCUAAGGAAUACAUUGAAGACAUCAAGGACAUAUGUGAUGAUUUUGAGGGACUCUGCCAGCGCAAUCUUGCGGCUAACACAGGCAUGAAUUUCUGCGAUUUUUUUGUCUUCAUGGUGCACUUUUCCUUUGCCAACUUGGUCCAAUUUUCCCAUCUUGCGAAGAAUGACAAAAAUUUCAUCUGGACUUCAAUCCAAAUAGCACGGCAUGUAGUUUUCAACCUUGAAUCUCUACGUAACAUUGCAUUGAAGAUGAAAUCCAGAAGUCUGGUGGAAAACUGGAGCAACUCAAUUGAUUUCAGGAAAACCCUUGAGGAUCACACAUUCAUGGGACUAUGUCAAGUUUUGGGAAGGACAUAUGGGAUGAUACAUGAGCAAUGCGAAGUAAGUUAUGAUAUAAAGCCAGCUUUAGUGGAUGAUUUGGACUUGGAAUUUAUUGAAACUUCUGGUCUCCAUGUUUAUAGCCCUGAAGAUCUAGUUAAGUUUAUAGACUCUGCUUUUACAAAACUAAUGGGUGGUAGUGCUGCUAAUAAAGUUUUGUUAGCUGAUUUGGACAUACUUGGAAGCUAACUGCAGUUCCGGCUUUUUAAGGAGAACUAACUGAUCCGCAAGGGGUUGUCCCCACUUUUUUGGGUGCAUGCUUCGACAUACACGGAGUGAAAGAAUGUGAUCCCGGAGGGAAAGGUUAUCAUCGGAUUAGAAGUUUAAGAUUUUGAGAUAUGGAGUCUCACAACAUUUAAAGCUGGUAGCAAGCUCUUGCAAUGCAUGCAGCCAUCAAAUCAUUUUCGGAUUCACUUAAUGUGAUAGAGCUACAUAAAGAACUCACAGCAGAUGAGUCCAGCAGCUGCAAGCACUUUGUAAGUCGUAUGCUGGGGGUUCACCACUUUUUCCUGUCUGAAACUUGAACUCCUGUAUGUUUUGUUAUGAUAGAACUUGUGAUGACUUUGCAAGUCAAAUCUACAUUUGAGUGAUGGGAAAUUUGGAAUCUUACAAUCUGUGUGCGGUACAAAUGUGAAGUCUAGGGAAUUAAAUGGUCG